UAUAGAAUUUUUUUUUAAAAAAAAGCCUCAAUUAGAUAUAACUUUGUUCAAAGGCCUCCCCCCUCUCACUUCAAUCAACAAAACAAUGGGUAGUGAAAAAAAAUCAAAGGACGAAAGUAGGAAAAGAAGUGCUGACUCUCAUUCUGAAGAUGAAGGUAAAACAAAAAGGCACAAAACUUCGGACGAUUAUGGAGAAGGUAGCAGGAAAAGAGACAAAAAAGAGAAAUCUCAUCACAGUAAAUCUCACAAGUAUUCCAAAAGUCAUUCAGGAAAAGAAAAGAAGUCAGAAAAGAAGCACAAAACUGAAAGUUCUAAACCUGGCCGACAUCCAAUAUCUGAUUUCAAAGAAUUGUCAAGUGAUGACUACUUCGCCAAGAACAAUGAAUUUGCUACAUGGCUAAAGGAGGAGAAACGGAAGUUCUUUUCAGAUCUUUCCUCAGAUUCUUCACGAGAAUUGUUCUUGGACUUCGUAGAAGUCUGGAACUCCAAAAAGCUGGAUUCCAAGUACUACAAGGGCAUAGAAUCAGCACCACGGUCAUCUCAUAAGUGGAAAAUAAAAAAGUAGACAUGGCCAACGACACUAGUGUUCACUUUGUAGAUUUUCCUUUGUUCUUUUUUUCAUGGCUCAUUUCUAGACCUGGAUUUUCUGGAUGACAUGCUUAGUUAUUAGGUAUAGAUAAGAACUGAGUUGUUUAGAAGAUGAUGCAAAAUUGGUUAGAAUGUGUAGAAAACCUCACUAGACUGCAGUGUUAUAGCAUCUUAAAUUCACAUCUAUAGGGCUCAAGUAGUUUGUUAGAUGAUCUAGUCUCUUGCAUCAGAUUGAGUUACUUUUGUUAGGUUUCUGGUGUUAAUCGUAGCCCAAGAAGAUAAUGAAAGACCAACAGGAUUUCUUACUGGUUCAA